UGAUGGCCUUUGUCAGACCUCUGGUUGCUAUGGUAACCACUGGCAUUUUGUGAUCGCCUUGCUGGGUGUCAAUGGCCAGAAAGAGUGGUCCCCCCCUCUGUCAUAGACACUAAUGCCCUCAGCAUGUAAGGGGCUAAACUGCCGGUAUUCAAAAAGGGAUUGAUGCUUUUAUUCUGGGUUUCGGAGGCGGUGGCAGCAUCCGUGACCAUUCUGGUCUAGUUCCUGAGCAGCUUUUCUUCACCCACAGAUGACAACAGGACCAACGCUGAUUCCACAAGGCUGUGAUAGCAGUUUGUAGGAAUAUGGGGCAAACGGCUCCGGGUUUCUUGCCAAGCCGCAAACCUGGUUGCGUAUCUGGUGUUCAGUGUGGGAGGUGGUGGGGGGCGUUGGGGGUCUCUGUCUGCCAGGACUGGAAUGUACAAACUUUGCACUGGGAGGUAAAUGGAUUCUUCGAACUGAGACGGAUUGAAAUCUGAGUAAGUUCGCCCUCGAGUGACUAUUGUGCUUCCAGAACACUGUGUAGUCGUCGGAUUAAAAUGUCGCAUCCAUGUACCUACAAUCUAUGUAUAUAGGGUUUGGUUCCCCAGGAGCAUCUGAUAAGGAAAAUCCUGAAGUUUUUACUGAACUUCUCUAGUCGACCAGACAUGAAACAAAGGUAUCAGAUCAGCCUGAGGUCUGGGCACAAUCUGGGGCUUGGAUUUCAUUUCAGUGUUGCUCCUCCCCUGGAGCUUCCUGAUUGGCCGCAGCCCUGGAGAAAUCAGCAUACGGACUGAUCCGUGUGUGUCAGGCAGUUAGCCGAAAUAAGUUUGCAGAAAGCUUCUCCAUAGGGAGCAGCACUGUCCUCCUAGGUCCCUUGUGCAAAAAUCCGUUCACCAAAAAGCUUCCCCAUUCCCGCAGGCGGACACCAUUUCUCCUCAAUUUGCACUUUUAAAAGCCAGAGAAUUCUUGGAUAUUCUUCCUUGGAUCUUUACGUUUCUCAGGAAUAUGGCAUUCUGCGCACACGUCCUUGACCACUACCUUCAGGAGAGCGAUGUCCAUCACGUAAGGUGUCACAGUAUGGAGAGCUUUCAUUAAACUCAAGGAUUGUUGCCAGUUCUUCUCUCUUUUUUGGAUUCCUGUCAUCCGUAUCUAUGGCUGGAAUAUAUAGUUCUACCCUGAAGACCUUGGAGGACCUUACCUUGGACUCUGGCUAUGGGGCAGAGGACUCUUGUAGGUCCCUCAGUCUCUCAUCCUCAAAAUCCAACUCCCAGCCACUGGCAUCCUCUCAACACCGUGGGAAUUGGUGGUAUUACUCGGGAUCCAUGAAUAGCCGAAACAGCAGCUGGGACACCAUGAAUACUGCCCUCACCGAGGACCCUGAUGUGGUGGAUAUGUUCUCCAGAUGCCACCGGCUACCUGAGCUUGAGGAUUUUCCGUGGAUGGAUGAGGAUAUUGGAAAGCUGCUCCGAACAGGUAAAGGGGAUGGUGAGAUGAAGUGGGAAUUCUCCCAAGAUGCUGUACGGAGAAUGUCGGUCUUGUUGAGGAGGCCUCUUAUAAGAAUAUCAAGGGAAGCCCAACGCCUCAGCGUUCUUCAUGCCAAGUGCACACGGUAUGAAAUCCAGAGUGCCAUGAAACUUAUCCUAAGCUGGGCAUUGUCCCAAAGCUGCACGCUGGCCACGGUCCGGGCUCUGUCCCUUUACAGCAUGAGUGCCGGUGAUGGACUGCGGCAAGGGAAAUCUGCUCGCUGCGGACUGUCCAUGUCAGUGGGAAGAUUCUUCAGGUGGAUGGUGGACACUCGAAUAUCAGUGCGGAUUCACGAGUACGCGGCUAUAUGCUUGACAGCCUGUAUGGAGAACUUAUUGGAAGAAAUACGAAGCCGCGUUUUGGCAAGUCAAGGGUCGGACGGGGCAGAGAUAUCACUUGAUGCCCUGGAAAUGGCGAUCAACAAUGAUGCUGAACUAUGGGGAGUCCUACAGCCCUACGAGCACUUAAUCUGUGGGAAGAACGCCAAUGGUGUCCUUUCCCUUCCGCCAUACUUCAGUCCAUACAAAGACAAUUCUCUCGAGCGAGAGGACAGCACGGAUGCCUACACGCACCUUGAACUACGCACUUUGGAGCAGUCCCUGCUCGCCACCUGUGUCGGGAGCAUCUCAGAGCUAAGUGACCUGGUUUCCCGUGCCAUGCAUCAUAUGCAGUGUGUGAACACCCCGAGACCUGGCAUGAGCCCCGCACGGCAAACUCGCCAUCCACAGCAACACAUCACCUGGUCCCCUGACUCCCUGCACACCCUAUACUAUUUCCUGCGCUGCUCUCAGAUGGAAUCCAUGGAAAAUCCAAACCUGGACCCGCCUAGAAUGACUCUUCACAAUGAGAGGCCAUUCAUCUUGCUGCCCCCGCUGAUGGAGUGGAUGCGUGUCGCCAUCACUUACGCAGAACACCGUCGUAGCCUGACUGUAGAUGCCGAUGACAUCAGACAGACCGCAAGAUUACUGCUUCCAGGGCUGGACUGUGAACCACGACAGCUCAAGCCUGAAUGCUGUGUCAGCUCCCUCAGACGUCUGGAUGCCGCAGCCGCUACUGACCGUUUCCAGCAGGACUUAGGCUUCCGAAUGCUGAAUUGUGGGCGCACCGACCUUAUCCCCCAGGCAGUGCGAGCAUUGGGGCCUGAAGGCAUCAACACUAUGGAUGAUCAGGGUUUGACCCCACUGAUGUACGCCUGCGCUGCCGGAGAUGAGGCCAUGGUGCAAAUGCUGAUUGAGGCUGGAGCAGAUCUAGAUGUGGCGGUUCCAAGCAUUUCCCCACGACAGCCAUCUGUGCACCCAGAUACUCGCCACUGGACCGCCUUGACCUUCGCCGUCCUCCAUGGUCACAUCUCCGUUGUUCAGUUGCUUCUAGACGCUGGGGCCCACGUAGAGGGGUCGGCUGUAAACAGCAGCGAAGACAAUUAUGCCGAGACCCCCUUACAGCUGGCAUCUGCUGCAGGUAACUACGAACUGGUCAGUUUGCUUUUGGACAGAGGAGCCGACCCUCUAUUGAAUAUGCUGGAAGCCCGCGGAGUGUCCUCGUCACUUCAUGAAGACAUGAACUGCUUCAGUCAUUCCGCCGCCCAUGGACACAGGAAUGUUCUGAGAAAGCUGCUAACUCAGCCUCAGCUCUGCAGCGGAGAUGUCCUGUCUCUUGAAGAGAUAUUGGCAGAGGGGGUGGAGAGUGACACCUCCAGUACAGGAAGCUUUGACCAGGGUCCUGUCCGGUUGUGUAAGACCAGAAUGAAAGCCCUGCAGGAAGCAACGUACUACAGCGCAGAACAUGGCUACCUAGAUAUCACCAUAGAGCUCCACGGCCUCGGGGUGCCCUGGAAGCUGCAUGUAUGGAUGGAAUCUCUGCGGACAGCAUUCUACCAUUCACACCACUCAGUGAUGGAGAACCUGCUACGUGACUUCAGCUCCAUAAGAGAAGAGGAUUACAACGAGGAGCUUAUUACUGAGGGACUGUCACUUCUCUUUAACAUCUUCAAGACCACUAAAAGUGACGCAGUUACCAAUCUUGUGGCCUCCAUCUUUGCCCACUGCUAUGGAGACAGCCCUGUGCCAACAAUACCAGAGAUACAGAAGACUCUUCCCGCACGUCUAGAUCCUCAUUUCCUAAACAACAAGGAGAUGUCGGACGUGAUGUUCCUGGUAGAAGGAAAACUUUUCUACGCUCACAAGGUUCUUCUGGUCACUGCCUCAAACAGGUUUAAGUCCCUGAUGACCAAUGCGAGCGACCAGGAGGAGUCAUGUGUCACAACAAUCGAGAUCACGGAUGUAAAAUACAGCGUAUUCCAGAUGAUCAUGCAGUAUUUGUAUUACGGGGGCACAGAGACUAUACAUGUCCCCACCCAAUCUAUUUUGGAGCUCCUCUCCGCAGCCAGCCACUUCCAGCUGGAAGCCCUGCAACGGCACUGCGAGAUCAUCUGCUCUCACAACAUCGACCAAGACAACUGCGUCAGUAUCUACAAAUAUGCCAAGAUUUACAAUGCCCCAGAGCUGGCUCUAUACUGCGAGGGCUUCUUUCUACAAAACAUGAGGCCGCUGCUGGAUCAGGAAUCCUUUAAACAACUGAUAUACGGACGUAACAGCAAAGUGCAAGGGCUGGACCCCCUGACGGACUUGAAAAACACCUUGACCAGUCGCAUUAAAGACAUGUAUAUCUCCUGUCGGGUGUGACAGGGACGCGAGGCUUCACUAGGUUAUGGCUUGUGUAUACAUGCCAUUGGCUGUCCGGGCAUGAUGGGAGCUGUAGUUUUGCAACACCUGGAGGCACGCUGGUUGGGGAACACUGGUAUACACAGCAGAUGAAUGCCAACAAUACAUGGUUACACAGUUAUAAUGCGCUGAUGUACAUGAGUGUUGUAGAAUACUGGAUUGUAUGUAUAUGUAGAUAGACCCGGUGCCUAAAACAUUGCAUCUGUAAACACUAACAAUGGCGCGCACCCCCCCUUCCCUACCUUUCCAGAGGUGACAUUCAUUGGCUUUCCCCUCGAUAACUUUGGAUGAGCAGGUGGGUUCACUUUUUGGCACACCUUUACUGGCACAGUCAUUGGCACCUUAACGGUAUGUUCACACAGGUGAAUUAACUGCAGAAUUUCUGCAGCAGCGUUUGCUACCAUUGACUUCAAUGGGUCGGAAGAAAAAUCUGCAACUCUGCCUCUCUUGCAGAUUUUCUGCUGUCCCAUUGAAGUCAAUGGUAGCAAAAUCUGCUGCCGAUUUUCUGCAGCAAAUACGCUGUGGAAAUUCCACAGUUAAUUCGCCUGUGUGAACGUAACCCUAACAGAGUGAUAUCACUUGUGUAACCCAGGCAGGGUAUGUAUCGUCUCACCUCGGAAUUGUAUGUAUCACAUUGUGUAAAAUAAUAAUAAUAAAAAAUAAAAAAUCAA